AUGUUAAUUGACUUAUAUAACAAACAGAUAGAAGUGAAAAACAAGGAAAUUGAAGAAAAAUAUUUGAAAACAAAAGCUAGCAAACCAUCUGCUCAAUUUGUAAAUACUUCAGAUUCUUCAAGUAAAUAUAGUACUAUCAAUACAACUGCAAAAAUCUCAACUUCAAAUUCUCAAAAUGAUAAACUAAAAAGUGAUAAGCCUCCGCUAAAGGAAAACACUAAUUUGUUAAAUAUUAGUCCUGGUGAAGCUCCAAAAUUUCAUAGUCGUCCUGAUUCAAAAUUUUAUACAAUUAAUAUUAAUGAAAAUCAUGCAAAUAAUCAACGAAAUGUACACUUUUUUACAACCACCACCGCCACUACUAAAGAAAUUGAUGAUUCAAAUAAUAAAUUUUAUGAUCAUUCAUUCAUUGACCCAACUAUACAUGAGAAUUUAACGGUCCCAAACAAAACAUCAAAUAAAUUUUUUAGUAUGAGUAAACUCAAAACUGACUUGAAAAAUCAAACCUAUAAGCAAAAAUUAGAUCAUAUAAAGAAUAAGUUUGAAACUUCUAAAACUAAAUUUGAUACAUUUAGGGCUAAGUUUCAUCGAUUAAACCAUAGUCAUGACAAAGAUAGAACAAUUAGAUUUGGCCAUUUUAGAUUUAAGGACAAUAAUAAGGAUGAUACAAAUCAUGAUGUCAAAGAAAAUAAAGAAGGAGCUGAUACCGUUAAAUUUGAACCCAAUAAACACAAUUAA